AUGGCCGCCGACAAAGGUGAAAACCCAGUCAACAUGUCCCAGGCGGAACUCAAAUUGAUCGCCUUGGGAUGUCGCUUCUCCGAAGGAGGCAAGCCGGACUAUGAACAAAUCGCCAAAUACGGCGGUUACACCAAGGGUUCCGCCCAGGUCAUGUACCGCAAGGCCCUACGCAAACUCACCGACGCUUACCCUAUCGAAGGCGACGCUGGUGCUGCCUCAGCCUCUACCCCUACCGUUGCUGGCACUGACCCCGUGACUCCAUCUGGAAAGGCGAAAACCCCAAAGACGCCUCGAAGCCGUGCUACCGGCGGCAAAAAGCGCAAGGAUACUGGUGUUGCUCCUGGUGUCGAGGAUCAGGGCGCUUUUACACCAUCUGGCGCCGGCCCCCAGACUCCAUUUACUCCUAGCGCUGAGAACUUCCUUGAAGCCGGUGCUGACAUGGCGAUGGAAACACCCACUAAAAAGCCCAAGAAAGCCGCUGCGAAGCAGCCUGUCUCAUCCUUCACCAGCGUUAAACCCGAGGAUGACAACGAUUUCAUGAAGGACGAGCCCCUUUUCGACGAGCCUGCUAUCAAGAUGGAGUAA